UCUGCAGUAGCUGGAAGCUCCAGUUUGGGUAAGGAGGCUCCCAUUCCGAGCUUGCGUAGUGGUUCUGUGUGGCGCUGAGGACUUUGGAAACCUCAGAUGGCUAAACUACUACAACCUCCGCCCAAGUUCCUGCCCUCAGAGUGGCACAUUGCUAACAAGAACCAGUACCACAGAGCAGACGCUCAAAGGUCCCGAUCAGAACGCCUGGUCGCAGAAAGCCAGAGGCUUGUGGAUGAAAUUGAAAAGACCACAAGAAAAUCUCAAAGCGAUGUGAACAAGAAACUAGAACAGAGACUCGAGGAAGUCCGGUUCUGGAAGAAGGAGUUAGAUGACAAACUUGAGCAGCUUGUGAAUGUAAUCAAUGAUCUACUCAUAUAUAAGAUCAGAUUGGAAAAAGCCCUGGAGAGAUUGAAAGAGCCCUUGCACAUUACUGAGACGUGCCUGGCAUACAGGGAGAAACGCAUUGGCAUUGACCUGGUGCAUGACACAGUGGAGCAUGAGCUGAUAAAGGAGGCUGAGAUCAUCCGGGGCAUUAUGGCUCUGCUGACCCGUACCUUGGAGGAGGCUUCCGAGCAGAUUCGGAUGAACCGCUCUGCCAAGUACAAUCUUGAGAAGGAUUUGAAGGACAAGUUUGUGGCCCUGACCAUAGAUGGUAUCUGCUUCUCACUCAACAACAACUCACCAAACAUCAGAUACUCUGAGAAUGCCGUGAGGAUUGAGCCAAACUCCGUGAGUCUGGAAGACUGGUUGGACUUCUCCAGCACCAAUGUGGAGAAGGCUGACAAGCAGCGGAACAACUCCCUGAUGCUGAAAGCCCUGGUGGAUCGAAUCCUGUCCCAGACAGCCAAUGAUCUGCGCAAGCAGUGUGAUGUGGUGGACACGGCAUUCAAGAAUGGGCUGAAGGAUACCAAGGAUGCCAGGGACAAGCUGGCUGUUCAUCUGGCCAAGGUCAUGGAAGAGAUUGCUUCCCAGGAGAAAAAUAUUGAAGCUCUUGAAAAAGCCAUCCUUGACCAAGAAGGGCCAGCCAAGGUGGCUCAUACGCGCUUGGAGACCAGGACACACCGGCCGAACGUGGAGCUGUGUCGUGAUGUCGCACAGUAUAGGCUAAUGAAGGAGGUUCAAGAGAUCACCCACAACGUUGCAAGAUUAAAGGAAACUUUAGCCCAAGCUCAGGCAGAGCUGAGAGGGCUGCAUCGCAGACAGCUUGCCCUGCAGGAGGAGAUCCAGGUCAAAGAGAACACCAUUUAUAUCGAUGAAGUGCUGUGUAUGCAGAUGAGGAAAUCCAUCCCACUUCGGGAUGGGGAAGACCAUGGGGUCUGGGCCGGGGGCCUCCGCCCUGAUGCUGUCUGCUAAUAAGCUCUACUUGUGGGAGGUUGCCUUCCGCUGAGCUGCAGCAGGUCAGAGAUCUAUGUGGGCAACUGUCAAAGGAAGACCUUUGCUGUGGGAAACUGCUCAUUCGUUCCUUAUUCCGCUAACACCGAAGGAACACCUUCCAAGGAUGAGGCUUACCAUCUCAGCACCAUGUGCGAAGCUGCUGCUACACUCUGCUAACAUUUGGUUCCCUGAUGCUUUCAGACACCUGAUGGUGUGGGGCUCAGGAGACCUAGCUUCUAGUUCCAGCACUGCCAGGAAAGUUUCUCUCCUUCCUUAGGGCCACCUGGAAAGUAAGGAAUGGACUAUAUCGUCUGGAACUCUUCCUAACCUUGCUGUUCCCUGAAUCUGGCUGUCUAGCUGCACAUAUGGUGUCAUAGGGCACAAUGAUAAUUCAGAGUGUGGGCCUAAUUCCUGGGAGCUUUGCAAUCUAGGUGCUCCUUGGUUCAGAGACUCUUUGCCAUCAGAAAGGGAUGUUCCCAAUCUGGGAUGGAGAAACCCCCUUUGAGGCCAAAAGCACUGGCUUAAUUCUGUUAAUUCUGAUUUAUGCUACCCCAGUGCUGAACGUGUCCUCUCAGAGUGCUCAGCAAAUACACAGCCCUUCCCAUGCCCCAAUCAAGGAGGGAGGCCCCUCUCUGCUCACUGGGAAGCCUCUGGGUGCUCUUCUGCUCUGGCUCGGAGGAGUCCAAAUAGGCCUUCCCAGCUCACUGGGCAGACCUCAGAGUUCCUGCUAACUUAGCAGGGUUAUGAGGUCUGUGCCAGAGGAUGUGGCCAGCAGGGCGUGAAGACAUUGGGCAAAAUCCUUCCUUGUGAAUACAGCUCUCAGAGGCAGCCAGGCUCAGUGGUGGAUUCAGAGCUCAGGCUCUGCAGGGAGAUGUGAUUCAGAUCAGCUGGUGGAUCAGUUCCACGCUCUCCCUGUGGUGUGAUCCCCGCCAAGUUACUCAACUGCCCCGAGCUUCAGUUGCCUAAUCUGUAAAUAAGACUAAUAAAGCCUAGAUUGGCGAGAUAACGUGUGGAAGGCUCUCAACAUAGUUCUGGAACACGCUGCUUUUAAGGGAAAUGUGAUUUUGAUUAUGGUUGAGGCCAUUUCUCAACAUGUAGACACAAAAUGCGGAAACAUCUAAGAUUUCAAGAAAUCAAUGUUUUGUUAGUAAACCUGCUCAUGCAAUUCCUAGGUCUUAUUGGGUAUCAGCGUGUUUCACAAAUGAAAUCUGGUCUUAGCCUGUGUUUCAUGAAGGACAUUUGCAAUUAGCCUUUGUAGCUACUGAUGAAGGCCACCCUGUUCCAUACCCCUCUGACCCAUCCAAGCCAGAUAUCUUUUCAAAAUGAAACACAACUUUCUUCAUAGAUAAUACAAAAUUUAUUUUUAAAUACCAUCACUUAAAUUGGGAGUCAUUUAAACUUGAAUUUUCUUAACGUAGAACCAAAGUUGAACAUGUCUAUAAUCCACAUAAUUAAAAGAAACACAGGAGCAAA